UCGGUUUCAGAAUCAUUCCCACAUCAGACCAAGGGAUUCUCUCUUUCCAAAUCUCUCAUCGCCAUGACGAAGUUCAGAAAGCUUGGUCGGCCUACUGGCCAUAGAAUGUCCAUGCUCAGAACAAUGGUGUCGCAGCUGGUGAAGCACGAGCGCAUUGAAACCACCGUUGCCAAGGCUAAAGAGAUCCGGCGGCUUGCUGAUAACAUGGUACAACUUGGAAAAGAGGGUUCUCUUUGUGCUGCAAGGCGUGCAGCAGCCUUUGUGCGAGGGGAUGAUGUCAUUCACAAGCUAUUCACUGAACUGGCUUAUAGAUACAAAGAUAGAGCUGGCGGAUAUACAAGAUUACUUCGAACUCGCAUACGAGUUGGUGAUGCUGCACCAAUGGCCUAUAUUGAGUUUAUAGAUAGAGAGAAUGAGCUUAGACAGUCAAAACCUGCAACACCUCAGCCACCACAGAGAGUGCCCUUGGAUCCCUGGACAAGAUCCCGUCUCUGCAAGCAGUUUGCUCCCCCUAAGGAGGAUAAGAGCUCUGAUCCUGAGAUUUGAAAUGAGUUGAUGGCUUGUAAUAAGAUUUUGUUCCAUUCUUUCCUUAGCACAUGGCUGAAACCUGUGCUUCAAUUAAGUUUAUGGGGAUUGCCAUUCAUGGCAAUGUAUCAAUCUCUGUUCCCUGAUCAGCCAUUGUGAGAACAUAAAUGGGGAUUAGUGCAGUGCAGAUCGGUAGCAUGUUUGGAUUUGGAUUGAUAGGGCUAUAAAAUAUGGAGAUGAACCCUGUGGCUUUCUCGGAAGACAUUAGCAUGUUCUUGAGUGUCAUUAAUAAGUUGUGACUGGUUUAUCUGAUUAAGCUUGUUAUACAUCCAGAAUAUUUUGCACA